GUGAACUUAUCGCCUGGCCAAGUCAACGCUUUCAUCUGGUGUCUUCUUAUCGGUUUCACGGGAUGGCUGCUGCACUGGCUUCUCGCCUACGUCUCUUUAUGGCGGCGGGGAAACCAGUUCCCAGGUCCCAAGGGUCACUUCCUCUGGGGAAACACGGCAGAGCUCUUGGGAGCUGGAAGCAUCACUGACCUUAUUGCAAGGCUUCACUCGGAAUACGGUUCCGUUGUAAGGCUCUGGAUGAGCCCGACGAAGCUGCUUAUAUCGAUUCGCGACCCUACGCAGGUUCGCAAAGUGCUUAUGCGAGCCCUUGAACGACCACCUGCCUUCAGCCGAAUCAUGGCUCGCUGCCUCGGAGCCGAUUCCACUCGCUUCUCGUCCCUCAUGCAGCCGCGGGCUCGCAGGUCUUUCUUAGAUUACCACUGCCAUACCACGCUCAAGUUUCAGGUUCACGAGGUGACGUCAACCGUUGUUCACAUGACGUCACGCCAGUGGACGUCGGUCGCCGGGUCUGGUGGCGAGAUUGAUGUGGGUGUUGUAGCUAGGGAUAUGGCCGUUGGUGUACUCGGCGGUUCUCUUUUUGGUAGCGGAUUUCCUAUGUCGAGGAUCCACGCUCGCUUACAGGUUCUAUUGGAGAAGAUAUCUGCAGGAGCGCAGGUUUUUUCGCGGUUUCCAGUCGAGCCGUUCUGGCUUCCGUCGUAUUGGCAGUUUUCCCGCGUUUGCGACGAGUUUCGCGAAGUUAUGCGAAGACUCAUGUCAGGCGAAUGCGAGGGCGUCAAGUGCGGGUUACCCGACGUUGGCAUUGCCAAUUUCAGCAGCAGAGGCUUCAAUGUGGGAAACUCCGGAUGCGAGGGAAAUGAAGCCGAACAGAGCCCUAUCGCUGCCGCUGCUGCUGCUUCUAGUGGUGUUGGUCUUGUUUCCAGCGUCAACAGCGGUUCUGCUGUUGAUGCUGCUGCUGGUCCCGGUGCCGCUCCCCCCAUUUCACUCAGGGACCGAAUCAGGGCGCCAGAAGCACAUCACGAGGGUUUUCUCUCGGCCAUGCUGUCGGAACGGUCCCGUUAUGGGCAACCUCUUUAUAACGAGACGACAGCGUUGGCCGAAGCUGCUUCCCUCAUGCUUCACGGUCACCUCUCGGUUCCCGGACUGUUGGAGCGAGUGCUCGUCGCUCUCGCCGCUCACCCCGAUAUACAGGACAAAGUCGUACAGGAAAUCCGCGCGGUAGCGAAUGGCGGGUCGCCUACUGACGAGGGUCUGCAGAAGCUGGGUUAUCUGAACGCGGUUAUAUACGAGGCGUCCCGCUUAAUGCCGUGUCAGCCGCUUGUCACUAGAUGCGCGCUCUCCGAGAAUAUACGCCUGCCCGUUUCGUCGUCAACUACGUGUGGAAGCAUCAGCGAGGAAGGGUUUCGUUCUGCGAGCGGGGGCUCCUCUCGUGGGGAUGUGCAGGGCAGUGGGGUUGUUUACGACACGCGGUUUCUUUCGGUUCCCUCUGGGACCGUUUUGGCGCUGCCCAUGCACCUCCUGCAGACGGACCCUUCGUUUUGGGGCGACGACGCUUCUGAAUUCCGCCCCGAGCGCUUCAUUCGGUUCAGAAUGCAGCAGGAGAAGAGCAAUAGUGAUGAACAGGAAGGGAAGGAAUGCAAGCGAGGGAGGGACGGGAAGGAAAGAAAGGGAGGCAAGGGAGGCAAGGGAGACAAGGGGGACAACGGAGACAAGGGAGAAGAUGUAGAGCUGAAGGGAGACAGGGAAGGAGAGGGAAGAGAGAGGGAGAAUUGGAGAGAGGGGUUGCUGCCAGGUAGGGACUACGAGUGUGUGCCGCCAGAGCAAGGGGAACAUUUCCUCAUGUUUGGAGGGGGACCAAGGUCGUGCGUGGGGCUGCGGUUCUCCUUCAAGAUUGUGCGUGCUGUCGUGGCGCUGCUGCUGCACCAGUUCGAGAUUUCCCUGUCGCCCGACAUGCCCCACGCCUUCUCCUCUCAGCUGCACAGCCUCGCCCUCCACCUCUCUCCCUCGCCUAGAAUCCGAGUCUCCAUGCGCACGCCCAUCCCUACCAUGGACCCAUGCAACACUGUUGCUCCCGCUGAUGGAUGA